GAUAAUCAUACUAUGUAUCUCGAUGGAACUUAUGGGGUUUCACCUGUCGCAAAUUUGUGGGAAACUUACAAAUUUAAACUAAUUGGAUUGUUCAUUGGUCUCUUGAUAUUAUCAAUAAUAUACUUUUUUGCGAGAUGGAAGUAUCCAGAGGGUCAAAGUUCUGUUGCCAUAAAGCUUGCAGUAAUACUUGCAGAUCUGAGUCUUGAUAUAGCUUUUGUACUCUCAAAACUAAGUAAAAAUGCAAAAUUUCAAGAAUGGUUCAGUCAGAAUGUAAAAAUAACUUCAGUACUUACUCUGCUAGCAAGUGCAGAUGUUGAAGCCAUCACAUUUCUCGGAUCCAAAUUUGCUGUGAAUCUGUUUAUUGAAGAUAUUCCCCAAUUGGUCAUUCAGAUUCUGUAUAGACAUCUUACAGUAUCAUAUGAUAUUAUUCCAUUUUUGUCAUUGAUAAUGAGCUCUAUCAUCUUGACUUCUAAUAUUAUUGGACAUGUCUAUGAUGGAUAUAUGAAAUGGAAAGAAAAGAAACUCAGCCACCGCGCCUUACAAAAAGAUGAAAUAUGA